UCUCCAGACUCCCCCUCGCAAUUUUGCUAUGCUGCCAUCGCUCUAAACCGCGACACUGUCUUUUCCCGCCAUCUCGAGACAAUGAAGCCGCGAGUCGCGGCCGACACGACGCUUGACCAAAGGGUGUCGCAACCUUUCCCCUACCAGCAGUACACGACGUUGCAUCCGAAUCCUCCCCGCUUACUACCGCCGUGCUCUCACCCCCUGCCCUACCGACGCUACACAACGCUCGAUUCUUAGCGAUCUUAGCGAGUUUGCAGACGCACGAGUAGACGCACAAGUAAACACGCCGCCUCAUACGGCAGAGCCAUGCCGUCCACAGAAGCCAAUACCGUCGAGGACACGCAAUUGGGCCUGACCGAUGAGGAAAUAAAUCUCCUCCGCUACCACCAAGCUCAGGCCGGUUCAUCUUCCUCGCGCGCCGCUAGCCGGGCCUCUUCUCAAGGCCGCCUCCUUCUCGAUAGUUCUAGCCUUGCUGCCUUAGCACGACACCUUGACCGCUUGAUGCAGCAGAUCCAGCAGCGCAUUGAGUACCUCAGCGAACAGAGCUCCGUCGUGACUAUGCAGCAGUAUGAUCACGCAGGCAACCUGGUGGACAAUGCCGAUGCUGAAAUUGCGCGCUUUCAGGCUAUCAUGGCUCAGAUCGACGAGCUCGAGCUCGACUUUGAUCGCAUUGCUCACAUCAGAGAUAUCGUAAGGGAUUACCGCCAACGAGUCGAGAAUCUCGAACGUGAAUUCGAAAACUCAUCGCGCCGAGAUCAUCACCACUCUCACCGCCACAGCCACAGCCACGGCCAUUCUCAUCGACAAGAAGGCGCCUCUUCCGGCCGCCGACACAGACACUAAAAAUUGCGGCAAGAUGGAGAAAAGCUGGUUGUUACGCCCGUGGAUCGGGAUAUUAGAAUACGGUUUCCACUUCGGGAGAUACAAAGGCAUCAAAUGCCUAUUUGAUUAUAGUCUUUAAUGGAAAAUUGCUGCUGGAUGCAGAGAAAGGAGUA